AUGACCACCAAGCGCGCCUACAAGCUCCGUAUCCUUCUUCUUUUUUUUUUGUUUAUAUCAGUUUUAUCUGAUUUCACAUGUUCCUUGGAAAGUUCUUUGCGGGAAUCGUUGAUUAACUUCAGUGCCGUGCUUGAUCUGCUGCUUUUAGCUCUGGUUCACGAGAUCUCCUUGACUUGUUGUGAUACAUUUGGAAUUCAAAAAGAGGAAUUUGUGGCACAUUCUGCUGCUGUAAAUUGUCUCAAGAUCGGGAGGAAGACCUCGAGGAAACUCGUAACAGGCGGAGAAGAUCACACGGUCAAUCUAUGGGCUAUCGGUAAGCCCAAUGCCAUUUUGAGCUUGCAUGGGCACACGAGCGGGAUUGAUUCAGUAACGUUUGAUGCUUCGGAAGGUUUAGUAGCAGCAGGAGCUGCUAGUGGUACGAUCAAACUUUGGGAUUUGGAGGAGGCAAAGAUUGUCAGGACCCUCACUGGCCACAGGUCGAAUUGCAUAUCAGUGAGUUUUCACCCGUUUGGUGAGUUCUUUGCUUCUGGUUCUCUCGACACGAAUCUUAAGAUAUGGGAUAUAAGAAAGAAGGGCUGCAUCCAUACUUACAAGGGCCACACUCGAGGUGUCAAUGUACUCAGAUUCACCCCAGAUGGUCGUUGGGUUGUAUCUGGAGGAGAGGACAAUGUUGUCAAGGUGUGGGAUUUGACAGCUGGAAAAUUGUUGCAUGAGUUUAAGAGUCAUGAAGGGAAAAUCCAGAGUCUAGAUUUUCAUCCCCAUGAAUUUCUGCUGGCAUCAGGCUCAGCUGAUAAGACUGUAAAAUUCUGGGACCUUGAAACAUUCGAGCUUAUUGGUUCUGGUGGAACUGAGACUACUGGGGUUCGUUGCCUGACCUUCAAUCCAGACGGAAAGAGUGUGCUUUGUGGAUUGCAUGAAAGUCUCAAGAUUUUCUCUUGGGAGCCAAUAAGAUGCCAUGAUGGAGUGGAUGUUGGAUGGUCGAACUUGUCGGAUAUGAAUGUUCACGAGGGAAAGCUUCUCGGUUGCUCAUACAAUCAAAAUUGUGUAGGCGUGUGGGUUGUAGACCUCUCGCGCACUGAGCCUACGAGUAAAGGCGCCGUUCAGUCAAAUUUUCAUCCAGAAAAAACAUCGGGCUCAAACAAGGAUCCAGCAGUUGUAAACGGAAACAGCUCAAAGGUUAUUCUCGGAAAGUUGCCUGGUUCGCAGAAAGUGGAUCCUUUAGCGAAGGAAACAAAGUCUCUCGGAAGGUUAUCACUUUCUCAAAACUCGGAUCCUUUGCCAAAGGAAACAAAGCCUACUGGAAGGUCAUCAGUAUCUCAAAGUUCAGAUGCUUUGGUAAAGGAACCGAAGCCUCUAGGAAGGUUAUCAGUUACUCAUAGCUCGGAUGCAGCUACAGAGUCAAGAACCUUGUCAUCCACAGGAAGUAUGUCAGACUCUCCUCAUAGAGUCACUUUAAGCAGUGUUCCAAAAGUUGCUUCUGGUGUUACGGUUGUCCCCACUGCUAUAGCCGCAAAGAGGAAUUUUGCAAAAGCUAACACAAAGGCGAAUCCUCCAAUAGCGAAUAAAGGGGAUAGUUUUCCAGUAAUUGUUCCCAGAACAGACCCAAUAAUUGAGCAGGCAGCUGAAUCCCGAGCAGAGCUUGACAUUAUUGGAAGAACCAUGCCAUAUUCACUGCAGUCAAAGGCGGCUGAUUCUCGAAGGCUAUCGAGCAGCAGAAAUGAGCCAGAUCUACCAACUAGUUCGCUUCUUGAAAGGUCUCAGUCUCAGCCUAUAGAACCAAGCAAUUUACAAGAUGGAAAUGCAUAUCCUAGUGACGAAGGUGGCACAUGGGAUACAGCUGAGAGAAAAAAUAGAGAUAACAGAUACAGGGGAUUUGGAAGGUUUAAUUCAAGAUCUCUGAUGAGAUCACCUCCAAGAAAUCACGACGAAAACUGUAUGUUAAAAUGCCUUUCUAGUCUUCGUUUUUCUAAGCUAAUGAAAAACUUUAUUUCAGCUGACUUCAAUAGCUAUACUGCAAGUAGAGAUUCAAGUCCUACUGAAAGCCGAAGAGGAGGAAGACUGCAUUCCCUCGUUCUAAAUAGGGAAAGGAGAGGAAGAUUUUCCAACUUUGAGGGUCCUGCUUCGAGUUUUUCUGGUGGAGCUAGUACUGCACCAAACACUCGCCCUUCCAUUACGAGAGGAAACCAUGUGCCAGUUGAUCAAGGAAUCACCUCUGCUAGUGAAGAAGAUAUAGUUGCAGACAUAAUGGGGCAGCACGAUCAAUUUUCCAGCUCUAUGCAGUCUCGCUUGGCUAAGUUACAGGUAGUCCGUAGAUAUUGGGAAAGAAACGAUAUUAAAAACUCCAUAAGUUCAAUAGAGAAGAUGGCUGAUAAUGCCGUGGUUGCGGAUGUACUGGUUAUAAUCAAUGAGAGAACUGAGAUAUUGACACUGGAUACUUGUACCUCUCUUCUUCCCCUUUUGACAGCUCUUCUAGGGAGCAACAUGGAUAGACAUUUGAGCGUCUGCCUAGAUUUGCUGCUCAAGCUGGUAAGAAUGUAUGGGUCACAAGUUUACUCGUCGCUGUCGGCUCCAUCAUCUGUUGGUGUAGAUAUCGAGGCUGAGCAAAGGAUGGAGCGGUACAGUCGUUGCUUUGUUGAGUUCGAGAAAAUCAAGGCUUGUCUUCCCUCUUUAGCAAGAAGAGGAGGAUUGGUGGAGAAGACUAUCCAUGAACUCAACUUAACGUUCCAAGAAGUUUCAUCGUGA